CCGGUACUUCCGGGCCAGUGAUGGCCCCUUCGUACUUCGCCGGACCUAAUGGGCCCUUCCUCGUUUCUUCGACCUCUUCCGGACAUCGGCGACUCCUCGUCUCUCCCUCUUCGAGCGAAAGAACGAAAGGCAACUGGAAUUUCCCUGGUUAGGGACGAACGAGAGAACACCGACACCGAGAGACUCUUCCUCCGCGACUUUGGGGAAGCGCCUUCGUACCGGGAAACGCAUCGCGAUCGGGCUUUAUCUCGGCCCGAUUAGGCGAUACCUUUAAUCAUUCCCGACGAUAAAGACACCUGAUAGAGAUUCGCCUUUCGGGUAUAUAAAGUGGGGAAUGCACAAGGUGAGGACAGUUCCGAAUUCUCCGUGGGCCUACCUCUACGUCGAAUCGCAUAACGCAUCUGAAACCAACAUGAAAGUGAUACUCGGCCUCACCUUCUUGGCCCUGGUCGCCAUCACCUGGAGUCUGGACAGCGGCGACGUCCCCGUCGACUGCCCCGAAAUCAACGAGGAGAACGCCACCCUCCUGGCCAACCCCUACGACUGCGGCUCGUACUACGUCUGCGAGACCGGGGAAGCUAUCUUGCUGCAGUGCCCUGACGAUCUGCACUUCAACGACGAGCUCAAAGUCUGCGACUGGCCAUACCGCGCGAACUGCACCGCCGUGCCCAACUCGUAGAGAGGGAGUCUCUUUUCGUCAAAGGGUCACCCCCUGGACCCACCCCGGCAAUGUGCGAAUAAAUCCGAUGGAGUCGUCCGUGCUGGCGAGCGCCACUUUGGGAACAUCGAGCUCGAUGUCAAGAAAUCCAGCAAUUUAGACGCAACAACGACAUCGGGGGCGACACCGCAUCAUCCGGAUCGCGCGAUGCACCCUCCAAAAUAUCUCCCCCUAGUCAAGUACCUCCAAAUCGACGAAUAAUAAAUUCAUGUACAAGUUUAAGGUCGCUGGCCAGCCAUUGCCGUGAAAUUAUGUACUUACUCGACGCCACCCCAUUAUUGGUGAUAAUAAAGGUUUAAUAUGUACUAAAGGGCUUUCCUAAUUUAUCUUACGUUACACAGUGAUAACGUUAAUAAUCGAGACGUUUUUCGAGUAUCUCCAAAUCGAUGAAUAAUAAAUUCACGUCCAAGUUUAAGAUCGCUGGUCAGCCAUUGCCAUAAAAUGAUGUACUUACUCGACGCCACCCCAUCGGAUAUUGGUUAUAAUAAAGGUUUAACAUGUACUAAA